CGCGCAGCGUACAGUACUGUACAGUGUAAGAGUACUCCAGUUCGGACAAUAGGUGUAACUUUUUCUCUCAGUGAGUCACUCCCAAACAACUCGGAGACUCACGAGCCCCCGAGGAGAACAGCACUUUCUAUUUUUCGACAGUGUUUUAAACCUUUAAUUUAUUAGUUAUUGAAGUAGAAACACAAACGUGAGAUAUGUGGCAUAUGCGAACUGAUCUAGUUGUGAAAUUGUAACGUAAUCACCGGGGCGACGGUGUGUCUGAAGACCGUGUACGUGUAACCGGAGCCGAGCGGCUCGUCAUGUUCAGCCGCGGGUCCAAGAAGCGGCGCUCUCGUCGCGCGCAGGCCGAGGAUGAGGAUCCGGACUUGGGGCAGCCUUGUACCCGCUGUGGAGACCAGUGUCCCGGCUUCCGCAUGCAUGGCUGGAGGAAGAUCUGUGUCCACUGUAAGUGUGUGCGUGAGGAGCAUGCUGUGCGUCCGGCCCCAGGCCAGCUGGAGAGGAUGAUGACCAAGCUAGUGUUGGACUUCCAGAGGCACUCCAUCUCUGAUGACGAUUCAGGUUGUGCGUCUGAAGAGUACGCCUGGGUGCCACCUGGACUCAAACCAGAACAGGUGUAUCAGUAUUUCAGCUGUAUCCCGGAGGACAGAGUGCCUUAUGUAAACAGUCCAGGAGAGCGCUAUCGUCUCAAACAGCUCCUUCACCAGCUGCCGGCUCAUGACAGUGAGCCCCAGUAUUGUAACUCUCUGGAUGAGGAUGAAAAGAGAGAGCUGCGUUUGUUCAGCCAGCAGAGGAAGAGGGAGAAUCUGGGCCGAGGCGUCGUGCGGCUCUUCCCAGUCACCAUGACUGGAGCCAUCUGUCAGCAGUGUGGCAGGCAGAUUCGCGGGGGUGACAUGGCAGUGUUUGCUAGCCGUGCAGGGCUGGGGGCCUGUUGGCACCCUCAGUGUUUCCAGUGUGCUCAGUGCCAUGAGCUCCUGGUUGACCUCAUCUACUUCUACCAAGAUGGCAAGAUAUACUGCGGGCGGCACCAUGCAGAGAGGAUCAAGCCCCGCUGCCAGGCCUGUGAUGAGAUCAUCUUUGCAGAUGAGUGCACAGAGGCUGAGGGCCGCCACUGGCACAUGAAGCACUUCUGCUGUUUCGAGUGUGAGGCAGCACUAGGUGGCCAGCGCUACAUCAUGAGGGAGAGCCGACCCUACUGCUGCACCUGCUACGAGUCGCUCUACACGGAGUACUGCGACACCUGUGGGGAGAACAUAGGGGUUGACCAAGGCCAGAUGACAUACGAGGGGCAGCACUGGCACGCCACAGAAGCCUGUUUCUGCUGUGCCCGCUGCCGCCUCCCUCUUUUGGGAAGACCCUUCCUCCCACGCGGGGGCCUAAUUUUCUGCUCCCGUCCCUGCUCCCUGGGAGAGGACCCCAACAACUCUGACUCCUGUGACUCAGCUUUCCAGAGCAGUAACUCGGAGCCAGGUCGCCUUGAUUCCACAGCCACACCUCAGUCACGCUCAACACAUCCUGAAAAGGAACAUGCCAGUCCUGCAGCACCGGGAAGAAGUUGCAACAGCAGCAGCAGCACCAAGGAGGUGGAGAGCAAAAGUCUCCCUUGCUUCAGACCACAGCUGACUUUGACAAGUACAACCCCUUCAUUUAACGGUGAUAUCAGAAAGUCACCGUCCCCAGUGCCACGUGGGUUGAUGGCAAGAGGCCGAGGUCUCGGGCCUGCAGAUGACAGCCUCAGUGGCCUGCACCAUGGAAACAGCAAAACAGACUGUUUGAUCGACAGCCUCGAUUUCUCACAGAGGUCAAAUGAGUACACCCAUAUGGAACACUCAAACCUGGGCAGCAGCUCCAGAGGGACAUCCACAACAAAGACCCCUGGCGGCACAGCAGAGAACAGGGAUGCAGACAUGGGCUGCUCUCGCUACCCUGCGGAUGCCCAGCCUGGACAUGCAGAAACCCGCGCUUCCCCUGAGCCUAUCCCCUCUGGAGGCCAGCCAUCUCGUACCAGUACCUCCAGAGUCAGCUUCCGAGAGCCAAUCAGCUGCAGCUACGUAGUUGAAGAUGAUGAAGAUGAAGAUGAGGAAGGGGGAGAGGCACUUGGACAAAUGGUGCCAGAGGAGGAGGUGGCAGGAGGAUUUAGAAGAAAGUUGCGAUUCCAGAAGCAAGGUCUUCGCCCUGGCUUUCCCCCUCAAAUGGAUCUCCUUGUCGAUGGACCAUACCAGCAGCGAAAUUACCGCCGGGGGGGUGGGCUGAGUCAUCGGGAUCGUCUGGCCUCUGACUCCCCACUCCAUCUGGGCACGGAGACACGGUUUCGACGGAGCAGGUCCGACAGACCUCGACUGGACACUCUGGACUGGCGGGGGGAACGUGAGAAGGGGCCUGGCAGCCCCCCCGGCUCACCUCUCACCCUGUACCCAGUGGCUUUUAAACAUGAGGACUGCUGCUCAACCUGCUCGUCUUCCUCAGAGUCAGAGGCAGAGGGCUACUUCCUGGGCCAGCCCAUCCCGCUCCCACCUCAGCUGCGUCGGCCCCAUUCUGGGGAUGGAGGAGGGGAUUCUGGGAGGGAAGAAGAUAGGGACGUGGGCACACAGCAGCGGUGGAAGAGAAGGGAAAGGCGAAGGACUCAUAGUUUCAGUGGAAAAGACAGAGACAAAAACUGUGUGCUCUCAUAACACAAACAAGAAACAUGGUUUCCCAUCUGUCCACCUUUCAGCUUUGUCCGAAGAGCUGAUAUCACGAAACAUCAAUGGAUCUGUCCUGGGGAUGGAGCCAGGGGAUGUUCUCUAAAGCCAUUCCUCUAAAGUAGAAUCACUUGUGUGUAUAGUACAUUAAAAUCAAAAGGUUUUGUAAUCAGUAUCUGCAGAAAGUCUUUGGAUACAUUAGUUUGCUUGACACAUUUUACAUUCCACACUUGGAAACAGUAUUUAUAUGGGCCUUAAUGUAAUUGAAACUUUGGCAUUUGUGCAACUUUUAUUUGGGAACUUAAGUGAUUUGUUAGUGUUUGAGUGCUCAGAGAACUAAAGGAUCCAUCUUACCCAGAGUGUUUUCAUUUAUUGAUUUGUUCAUAUUCAAUGACUGCUUGUCCUACACACCCAGAGCAUUUGACAUUUAUUGUAGACUAAUUAUCAGAAGUGAUCAAUGAUUAUUGAUUUCAGAAUCUAAACAUCACAUCAAUCAUACAAUAUAC